AUGGCCUCCAUCAACUUCAACCCCUUCGAAAGCUGGUUCAAGAAACCGCCAAACCCACUCCCGCCCAUCAACCUCCUCUCACUCACAGACUCGUUUUUCCACAGAGCCACCCAAACAACAACCUCUCCCAAUUUCUCUGCACUCAGCCUCUCAAACCUCUUCAAGGGCCCUCCAAAACCCUACCCGAAAACCCCCUCCGAACCCGAGAAACCGGGACCCUACACCGAGAUGCUGGAGCAGUACUUCUGGGAAUGCGAGAACGCACCAGAUUACAGGCACGCCCCAGAGGUCGAUAAGAUACUGAGCGAAGACCCAAUAUUCGAAAAGAAAGAGAACCCAACUGAGGAGGAGCUCAGAGAGAACGAGAAGUUCUGGAAGGAGUUCAGGGAGAGCCCAGUUGUGCAGUUCUUGGCUCGAGCUGAGCAGAUUGCCGAGAAGAUCAACGAGAUGGAACUCAAAGAGAAUGACAGACCGUACAGGGAUGAAGAUAAGAAACUGUGGCAGGCUGUGCCGAAUGUUAUUGGGCCGGACGGAAGACCCAUGCCGAGGAAGGCCAUAAAGACGAGGGAAGAGUCUGAUGACAAGUUCUGGGAUUUUGCAAGGCAGUUCUUUUUUGGGCUUUGGGGGUUCCGCCAGAGGCCUUACCCGCCCGGCCGGCCUAUCGAUGUUGCUCAGGCAGUUGGGUAUAAGAAGCUUGAGAAGCGCUACUAUGACUUUAUCAUGAGGAGUGGUGGAUGGUACUAUAAGGACCGGUUGGGCCGAACAAGAGGUCCAUUGGAGCUUAUUACUCUUAAAACGGCUUGGGGUGCUGGGAUUAUUGACAAAGAUACAUUCAUUUGGGGUGAGGACAUGGAUGAAUGGGUUCCUAUUCACAUGGUUUAUGGGUUGGAACCUGCUAUUGCCACUUGGGAAGUUAGACUUGGGGCUGCUGCAACUGCUUUUAUUCACAAACUACAAAAAGGAAUUCCUCCUUGGGUUCCACUCAAGGGACAUGAAAAAAAAACCUAUAAGCAGCUACAAGAGGAGGCUAUAGAAAGCAAGAGACGAGACUUAGCAGUACUUGAAGCUAAUGAUGGUGUUUGGCCAGGCGUUAGAAUUCCGAGUCAUGCUCUAUUUCUUUGGGCUAGUGGCUCUGAACUGACAACAAUUUUGGAAGAGGAUCACAUGCCGAACAAGUACAUCCCAAAAGAUCUUAGAAUUGAAUUGUCUAAAGCUAUCCCUGGGUUAAGGCCAUGGGAGGUUCUAAGUGUGGAACAAGCAAUGGAUCAGAUAACAUAUGAGGGAGAGUGGUACCGCGAACCUCUUGGCACCUACACGACAGGUCCUCCAUACAUUCGACAUUGGAAUAUGGAUGUCAAGAGACUCUAUAGGAUUUUUGCCAACCUAAGCACCCGAGUCUACCAGAAAAUGGAGAGAACAAUUCCUGGUUUCGAUAAAAUAAUGGAGAAAGUUCAAGCUGAUGCUAAUGCAAGGUAUGCCAGACGUAAGGCAAGAAGAGAGGCAGAGAAGAAAGCCGCGUUGGAAAGAUCCUUGGGAGUUCAAAGUAAUCCUUAA